UCGAAGUAUUUUUUUAUAAAAUUUUAUUAUAUAAUGAUUUAUUACAUCUAAUGACAUUUGUAAUUUAAGCCAACGACCAUGGCUGUUUCACAAACCCUCAAGUUCGCAUGCAAUAUUGGAACAAUGUUUCCUCAGUCAACAUCAUUGAUAAACAGACUUCAGAAGGCAACAUCUUGUGGGUUUAAUGCUUUAGAAGUGGCAUUUCCAUACUCUUGGUCGCUUGAUGAAUGGCAGGAAGCACUUACUGCUCAUCCAAUGCAAGUUGUAUUAAUCAAUACUCCUCUGGGCGUGAACAAGGAGCCAGGCUUGGCGUCUUGCCAGAACAAGUUAACAGAGUUCAUGGCUGGUGUUCAACAAGGGGUCGAGUAUUGCACUGCGCUGAAAUGCUCACAACUUCACAUCAUGGCAGGAAAUGAACCUCCUUACGAGGGACAAAGGCAAAUUUUCAUUCAUAACAUGAGGCAAGCUUCAGACAUUUUGAAAAAACACGGAAUUGUUGGCCUAAUAGAAACCAUCAGCCCUGGGACCAUACCUGGUUAUUUUCUCAACGAUCCAAGGGAAACCUUGAUGCUUGUUCAGGACAUUUGCGUUCCAAACAUAGCUUUCCAGUUUGAUGUCUUCCAUCUGAGCAUGCUGGGAGAAACAGAUGAACAGAUAGCAGAUCUAUUUGACGGUUGCAACCUGCAUUUCAUCAAACAUGUUCAAGUUGCUCAGACUCCUAAACGAAAUGAGGUUAAUGCCGAGGGAGGUGUUGAUUACAGGAAGAUUUUUAAACAUAUGAUAUCGAGGAGAUAUAGUGGGUAUGUUGGACUUGAGUAUACUCCACAGGAUUCUUCUGAUAGGCCUUGUUCCGAAGAGACCUUGAAAUUUUUAUCAGAAUUUUAGCUUUAAAAGUUUAAAAAACCAAAAUUUAAUAAUUUUUAAAUACUGAAAAGUUACAAAGUAUGUACACUAUGUUAUUGUAUU